AGGAGGAGGAAGGGGCGCGGGAGGGGGGGGCCGGCGGUGCCGCGGGGGGGGCCAUGGCGGUGCCGCCGCCGCCGCCGCCGGCGCCCCGAGCAGGCCCCGCGGUACCAGGAGUGGAUCCUGGACACCAUCGACUCGCUGCGUUCGCGCAAGGCGCGGCCGGACCUGGAGCGCAUCUGCCGCAUGGUGCGGCGGCGGCACGGCCCCGAGCCCGAGCGCACCCGUGCCGAGCUGGAGAAGCUGAUCCAGCAGCGCGCCGUGCUCCGCGUCUCCUACAAGGGCAGCAUCUCGUACCGCAACGCCGCCCGCGUGCAGCCGCCGCGCCGCCCGCCGCCGCCCCGCCCCGCCGCCCGCCGCCCGUCAGCCUCCGCGACACCGCGCGGCUGCUCGGCGGCGACGGCCGCCUCACCCGCGGCCGCCUCCAGGGCUCGGCCGCACCCGGCGGCGGCGGGGGGGCUGCCGGCGCGGCCCCCGGGGCGGGCGGCGGCGGCGGAGCGGGCGGCGGGGCCCGGCCCGAGCGCACCCGGCUGGGCGCCAUCGCCACGGCCCGCGGGGAGCGCGGGAGAGCGGCCGCGGGGAGGGCGCGGAAGCCCCCCUGCAGCAGCAGCGAGGCCUCGGCGCGGGAGGAGGAGGAGGAGGAGGAAGAUGAGGACGAGGAAGACGAGGACGGGACCGGCUCGGAGGCCUCGGAGGACGCGGGGCCCCCCCGGCAGCUGAACGGGGAGGGCCGGGGGGGGCCCCCCCUGCGCCCCCCGGGGCAGCCGCCCCCCGAGCGGCCCCCCCAGCCCAAGGCCUGCGCCCCGGGGGAGGGGGGCUGCCAGCACAUGGCCCCCCUCAAAAAGGAGGGGGCCUUCGGGCAGCCCGACAGAGCAGUGUCCCCGGCGCUGGCGGGGGCCGAGCCCUCGGUGCCGCUGUCCCCGGGCAGGCCGGGCCCCAGGCUGCCGAGGGGGCCCCGUUCAGCUGCACGUGAGUCAGGGGCCCGGUGUCCCCUUGUGGCCCCUGUGUCACCCAUGUCCUACCCAGUGUUCAUCUGUGUCCCCUUAGUUCACCCAUGUCCCACCCAGUGUCCCUUGUGCACCUCUGUGUCACCCUUGUCCCAUCGAGUGUUCCUCUGUGUCACCCAUGUCCUACCCAGUGUCCCUCUGUGUCCCACUCAGUGUCCCACUGUCCCAUCACCAUUGUCUCUGUGUCCCCCUGGAUGUCCCUGUCACCAUGUCCCCUAUGUCACCCCUCUGUUGCUGUGACCCUGUCCCCACAGU